ACACAGAAGCUCCGCCCUUCAGUCCGGUCAUGUGACCCGAGGAUCACGCGACGAUUACGUCAUCAGAACUACCAGGAGCAGCUCCGUUCUGUGCCCGCUAGUCCUCAGGUUAAAACACAGUCAUUAACUGAAACAGAAGUGUAGGAGAAACAGCCAAACUCUGCUACAGCGGUGAGGUUGUGGAAGACAGAAGGCCAUCCACCAUGAGAAGACUGAGCACAGCGACAAGAGAGAAGGUGGUCACACUGCAUCAGCAAGGUCUCUCUCAGUCAAAGAUCUCAAAGCAGACUGGGGCUUCAAGAUGCGCUGUUCAAGCUCUUUUAAAGAAACACAAAGAAACGGGCAACAUUAAGGACCGUGGACACAGUGGUCGGCCAAGGAAACUUAGUGCAGCAGAUGAAAGACGCAUCAUGCUUACUUGCCUUCAAAAUGGGAAGAUGUCCAGCAGCGCUAUCAGUUCAGAACUUGCAGAAACCAUUGGGAUCCAGGUACACCCAUCUACAGUGCGGAGAAGCCUGGCCAGAAGUGGCCUUCAUGGAGGAAUUGCUUCCAAAAAGCCAGACCUUCAACAUGGAAACAAGGCCAAACAAGGUAAUGACGACGACACAAGAGAAGAUGGCGGCAUGCGAUCUGCGGGGGAGGAAACCGUGUGGAUCUCAGUUCUGUUAUUUCCAGAGAACAGAAGAAUCGGAAAGGACGGGAGCGGCAGCGCGGAUGGGGGAGAGAGCGCACGGGUCCCAGGUGCGGACACGAGUCCAGGAUCGGGGGUAGAGGACGAUGUCGGGGCCUCCAUGGACCCUCUGCGACCCAGUGAUGCGGCGGUUACAAGGACGAGAAGAAUAAGGAAUCCUAAAGAGAAGCCGGAGGAGGCGGAGCGGACACGUAGCCGCACCCCGGGGUCCCCCCCGACAGGUCCCUCCCGCAGAGCACCGCGCCCUGCAGAGCAUCACGCGGAGGUGAUUCUGUGCUGCGAGAUCUGCGGCUCCUGCUUCCCGACAGAACCGGACCUGGAAGCCCACCAGGCCGAGCACCUGGAGGAGACGCUGCACGAGUGCGAGGAGUGCGGGAAAGCCUUUCAGUCCGCCGCCGGCCUUAAAACACACAAGAAAAUAAAACAUGGCUGCUGAGCGGGCGGCACUGCGCUGGAGGAGAGGCCGAGCGCCGCUCCGGGGGUGACUGAACUCUGCU